AUGGAAGCUUUAGGCGUCGUCGCCAAUGUCAUAGCCGUUGUCGACUUGUCGUUCAAGCUCGGGGUUCUGUGCGGCGAUUACGUCAACAAGGCCCGCAACGCGAAAGACGACAUACAGAAGCUGAAGGCGGAAAGCGUCGCAUUGAGUCGGAACAUCUCACAAGUCAAAGACCUCCUGGACGGAGAGAACAUAAGCCAGAGGCGUCAGCUAGUGGCAUCAGAGAAGUUCCGAGGCGAUGUGAAGCAAUGCGAGCAGGUACUUCAAAAACUAUUAACGAAGCUUGAUCCUAAGUCAAAUCCUAGCCGGCUGAGGGUCAUCAGUGAAUCUCUCAAGUGGCCUCUCACAAGCAAAGAGGUUGAGCGGACGAUCAUUGACUUGCAAGGAUGGCGUCAGUCAUUUGCAUCAGCAAUGCAAGUUGACCACUUGUGA